GCGCGCCCGUCGCAGGGAGCCAGAGCGCCUGGGAGCCUCUAGGCUCCGGGACUUGGCGGGAGGCGGUUUCGUCCCGGCCACGCUUUCUCGGGCAUCUGUGCUGCUUCUGCCCGGGUCUCUGUGUGGAGCAGUCCGCACUCCCUAGCCUAGGGCUGUGGGAGCCGAGCGUGCUGCGACCGCGUAUCCUAGUCCCCAAGCCCUGCCUCCUGGAGAUGCUGCACUUGUGAGUGGCAGGGCUUCAUUUGAAUUUCCGCACCUGGAGAGUUGCGGAGCCUAAUUCUCUGACGCUGACUGAGUGAAGAACUACAGUCUUCUUUCUGCCCCCCUUGGGAGAGUAGCUGUCUGUGCAAAUUACCAGGUUGCAUCUUCACUGAUCGGAAUACAAGUGGGUUUCUUCACCAAAGGACAUGGAUGAAAGUGAAAACAGCCAGUCCCUGAUGACAAGCAGCCAGUAUCCUAAAGAAGCAGUAAGAAAACGCCAAAAUUCAGCUCCGAAUUCUGGAGGAAGUAAUUUUUCUAGGUUUUCUAGGAAAAGCUUCAAGCUGGAUUACAGACUAGAGGAAGAUGUAACUAAGUCAAAAAAAGGAAAAGAUGGUAGAUUUGUUAACCCUUGGCCAACAUGGAAAAACCUCUCUAUUUCAAAUGUUCUCAGAUGGCUGAUAAUGGAGAAGGAUCACAGCUGUGUUCCAUCUUCCAAAGAGGAACUUGACAAAGAACUCCCAGUGCUUAAACCAUAUUUUGUCAAUGACCCUGGAGAAGCUGGAGUGAGGGAAGCUGGCUUAAGGGUCACAUGGCUGGGACACGCCACGCUGAUGGUGGAAAUGGACGAACUCAUAUUUCUCACAGAUCCUAUCUUCAGCUCUCGUGCUUCUCCAUCGCAGUACAUGGGUCCAAAGCGAUUCCGUUGUCCCCCAUGCACAAUAAAUGAACUCCCCCGAAUAGAUGCAGUCCUUAUCAGCCACAACCACUAUGACCACCUGGACUACAGUUCUGUCAUUGCUUUGAAUGAGCGAUUUGGUAAUGAGUUGAGAUGGUUUGUGCCUUUGGGUCUCCUCGACUGGAUGCAAAAAUGUGGCUGUGAGAACGUGAUUGAGCUGGACUGGUGGGAGGAGAAUUGUGUCCCUGGCCACGACAAGGUCACCUUUGUCUUUACACCUUCCCAGCACUGGUGUAAAAGGACCCUAAUGGAUGACAACAAGGUUCUCUGGGGAAGCUGGUCUGUCUUGGGGCCUUGGAAUCGAUUUUUUUUUGCUGGAGAUACUGGUUACUGCCCUGCUUUUGAAGAGAUAGGAAAAAGGUUUGGACCUUUUGACCUUGCUGCUAUUCCCAUCGGAGCUUAUGAACCAAGGUGGUUUAUGAAAUACCAGCAUGUAGACCCAGAAGAAGCUGUCAGGAUUCACAUCGAUGUUCAAACAAAGAAAUCUGUGGCAAUUCACUGGGGAACUUUUGCCUUAGCAAAUGAGCAUUACUUAGAGCCUCCAGUGAAACUGAGUGAAGCUCUAGAAAGAUAUGGACUUAAGACUGAAGAUUUUUUUGUCUUGAAGCAUGGAGAAUCAAGAUACUUAUAUAACGAGGAUGAAAACUUUGAAUAUGAGCACAGGAGCUUUUGAUGAAAAAAGCAUCAUUUGAUGUAAAUUUGAAGUCAAAUGACAAGACUAAGCAAGUCAUGAAUAUUAUGAUAUUUACACUUCUGCAAGUGUGUUUUAUGUUUUGUGUAAUAACUUGCUAUGAUGACUAGCUUAUAUAAAAGAAACGUUCAGGAGUGAGUCAUUUAAAUAAUGAGUUGACAAUGUGGAUUUAAAAAUCUUAUAUUAAUGGUAUAAGCAAUGCAAUAGAAAUUAUUUACUAAAGCAUUAUACUUUAGCGGUGGUAGAAUUUUCUGAGAUAAUGAAAAACUUGAUCCAUUUGUUUUUUAAUUUUUUCAGGACCUCUACAAGGUGAAUCAAGGUUUUAUAGUUAUCUAGAUUUUUUUAGACGCCUGUAUACAUACCCUCAUAUCUUUUUCUCCCCCCCCCCCCCCCCCGUACCAGGGAUUGAACUUGGGGGCACUCAACCACUGAUUCACAUCCUCAACCCUAUUUUGUAUUUUUAUUUAGAGACAGGUCUCACUGAGUUACUUAGCGCCUUGCUGUUGCUGAGGCUGGCUUUGAACUCAAGAUCCUCCUGCCUCAGCCUCCUGAGCUGCUGGGAAUACAGACACUCAUAUCUUUCUAAUAUUCACAUGGUAAUAAUUGAUAAAAUCGAUUCCCACAUGCUUAAAAACAUAGCAGUUCUUGUUCUAUCAAGACUAGCUUAUAUGUCAAAUGUUAAAGUGAUUUAUUAAGCAUACAAAUACAGGAUUUGGGACAAGUUAUCAUUUUAAAAGAUUUCUAAAAUUGAUUGUGGCAAGAUAUAUAUGAUCUUAAAUUUCUUGUGAAGCUAUAACCACCAUGAACUUAAAUUUUUAAAAGAGGUAUAUUUUACUGCACCUCUACAAUCUCCAAAUUAAAAGCUCUUACUAGGGCAGAGGAAGGGAUAUGAGAAAUGAUUUAUGAAAAUUUCUAUUUUUAAUAUAAAAGUCAGACCUUCUACUAAGCACAAAUAUAGCUACAGUGAAUAUUUUACAGAUGAGAUAAAUGCAGAUCUUAAAUGUGAAUAGGCCAUAACACUUUGAUUUAAAUUUUACUUUCUCUAUAUACAUCCCCCCCUCUUCGUUCUAACUCUAAUGUAUCAGUAAGAUUUAUUUUAUAAGUACUUUGUUUUACAUGAUUCAGAUGUCAUAUAUUUUUAUAUUAAAUGACUUGUAAGCGUAACUGUACCUUUUAUUAAGGCAGUGUGGCAUACCAGUGGUAAACAGAGAUUUCUGGUUGUUGGCUGACCUGAGUUUUAGUCUUAAAUAAGGCACUGUAUUCACUUGAUUGUUCUGAACCUUCUUAAAGGAGUGAGGUACUAGUUGAGGCCUGUUCUGUGUUCCUUAUCUGUAGAUAGUGAAAUAAACUUUAUCCAUAUAAAAGAAUAGGUAUUCUACACCAAAUAUAAAAACUCACAGUGCUCUAUAAUUUGCACAUAUGUAUGCAUGCCAAAAAUUGCCACUAAAUCUGAAUGUUAAUCCUCAUUUCAUCAUUGAAUUUUCUGUGUAACCUGAAACAAAUCACCUAUGCUCACUGUGCCUCAGUUUCCUCACAUGUGACAAGAGGAUAAUUUUCUCCUACCUCCAACACAAGUAGGAUAAAUAUUUUUUUUAUUAUUAUUUUUGGUACCAGGGAUUGAACCCAGGGGCGCUUAACCACUGAGCUACAUCCCCAGCCUAAAUAUUUUUAAAAGCACUUUUAAAAUCUAAGGGAGAAAAUGAUUUCCUAAAAUAUCACUGCCUAAUACAGAUAGGUACAUUUGAAAGCUGAAAAUAGGCUAAUGUUUUUUGAUAAUAUAUUGUUUCUGUUGCAUAUUUAUGCUUACAUAUUAGGACACCAAACAAUCUACUCAUUUUGUAGAUUUGGAGAGUAAUAGCAAAUAUAAGCGAUCUCUAUCAAAAUCAAUCAAGGGGAAAUGUGUACACAAUGUAUAUGUAUGUAUAAAGUAUGUGAAUGUAUGAUUUGGGGGCACAAAGCACAAAAAUUCCCCAUAAGAAAAAGAAACUUAAGAAAAAAAAACAUUAACUUUUUCACUCUAAGCAGAUGUGAAUCCAGAUGUUAGGGUUAUGGUGGGUUAGCUUGAGGCAUAUUGCCCUAACACUAGUCAGCAUUCUUGUGGUCAUCUUCCUCGAACUGAAAUUCAUCUCUUACCUCUCUGCUAUGAGCAAUCCAAACAUAUCUUAGAUAUUUCUUCUCCAUGAAUGAAUGGCCUUAAUAUUAUUUUUGUAUUCACAUGUACUGUUUAACUCAGAGUCUCUAAGCACUUUAAAUUGUAUUCUAGUGCCAUUUAAUUGAGCCAGCCAUAUUUUUCUAGGCUUCCCUGCUUUGAUUUUUAUUGCCAUUCAUCUUUUUUCCCCACAUUUUUUUUAAUUGGUGCAUUACCAUUUGUGUUCUUUUUACAUGGACAUUUUUAUUCAUUAAGUACAUCAAAUGUCAUUGUUCCUUGUCACAACUACCCCAUUGAGUGGUUUCCAGUUUUUCACUUAUCUACAUUUUGAAGGGUUUAUGUGCAAAUGAAAACAAAUUUUGAAAAAUUAGACAAAUCCAAUUCUCUAUCCUCAGUCUAGUCUGAUAUACAUUAUAAUACUUUCUGAUACACAUUAUAGUACUUUAAAAUCUAUCUUAUAAGUUUCAUGUUCUUUGAUUAGCAAGCAUCCUGAGGAUGCUUACUUUGAUAUACUUUACUGCCUAAGGGUAGGUCCACUGGUGAGACAUACCUCCUAAUAAAAGUGAUGGUGUGUUGGGUGUGGUAGUCCAUGCCUGUCAUCCCAGCUACUUGGGAGGCUGAGGUAGGACUAUGGGUUCCAGACCAACCUGGGCUACUUACUGAGACCAUGUCUCAAAAAUAAAAAAGAUGGGGAUGUAGCUUAGUGGUAGAGCAUCCCUGGGUUUAAUCCUGAGUAACCACUCCCACAACACAUAAAAGGUAAAGAUGUGAUGACCUACAUAGAAAAGAUCUAUUUGUAUAUAUUUAUUAUGAAUUCUUCUGAAACAGUUAAAAAUUACUCUUCUUCUUUAGCAUGUUGAUAUUUCAUAAUUAAUGCUGUGAUCUCUAGGAAGUAUCAUUACUUAUUCAGACUAGUAAGAGAGGAAAAGAAGACAGGGAGAUUUAGAAUCUGAUGUGUCUAAAGCACAUUAAAUACAAAUCCUAUCCUGGUUUUUAAUAUGUGCACAUUUUGAACACAUAGCUUAAUUUAAUAGGGAAACAGAUUUUAGAAAAACUGUAACAAAGACAUGUGCCUUUUGGGGAAAUAAUACCUGUGUUGUGUCACCAAUAUGAAAGUAUUAUUCUUAGCUAUCAUAUUAUAUUAUAUUACUACUCUAGCCCAUUGGGAAUUCCCAUUUUUCAUCUUAUAUUGCAUCCUUUUUCUACUGAAAAUAUUUCUUCAAAGGUUGAUUUUUAUAUCAGGAUAAACCUGAUAACACAUAUUUUUCUGUUUAAGGAUUUGUGACUUCCUGUAGCAACAGGUUUAUAUCCGUAUAUUUGCAAAUGAAACUUAAAGCACUCUCAAAGCUUUUGUCUUAAGUACACAAGUGUAAAGCUUCUGCUUGCCUAUUGAUUUACUUAAUGCUAAGCACGAUGAGGACUAUGAACUUGAGUAUUACAGAAGCUGGCUGCAUUCAGAUAUAUCAAAUUGUUAAUAAAUACCUUAUGGGAUAAAAAUACUAUUUAAAUAGAUAAUAACUAAUAAAUCUUUAUAUUGUAAUUCCAGACAAGUAAAACAUGGAUAAAAUUAAUAAAGUACUGUCAAGGGAAGAAAAUA